GCUACACCGAUGAGAAUCUCGACAAGAAGUCACUUGGACGUCCAGGUCGGCAGUGCACCCGACCGGUGGGGUGCACAUGUACUCGAUUCGAUAGGACCAAGCACAGCACUGCCCGCUUUGUGUGUACGUGUCCUACAGUGAUCACGCCUACUGCAUAGUCAGCCUGGCGGAACACUAGCCCCUGAAGAGGACCUUUCACUGCACCCAUUUUCAAAUAUCAACACUACUUGGUCUCAUCAAAGCCACUUGCUACUUGCUACUUCCCAUGAGCACCAUCACAUCGACUGUUCACCUCAGAUACGAGAGAUAAUCAUGCCCUCCGACAAAACAUACCAUCAACGGCCAACCUACUUCCUCGCUCCACCCCACGCCUGCCUCCCUCACAGCCCUAUCUGCCUGGGCGCCAUCAUCCCCUCGCCUUCCCUCCCCGACGAACCGCUCUACAUCCCCCCAUCAUUGCCCGCCUCCAUCCUCCCGUCCACCUACACCCAAACCAACUGGAGCGGCACCCACAUCCAGAAAUCCUCAGCGCACAUGGGCGUCUGGACCUCGUUCCUGCAACACAUCGUCGGCAUCGGAGCGGACGCCAGCUACGCCUCUGCGUCGACGCUGCACCAGCGGUGGGACGUCGAUCAGAUGCACACGCUGGGUUUCGUGCCGACGCGCGCGUUCCUGCAUGAGUGCGUAAGCAGCGAGGAAGUCGCGGAGUACCUCUCCGCGAAUGCGUUUCGGGAGAAGAAUGGUGAGAACGAGGAGGAGGGAUGGGAAGAGGUGGAGGUGGAGAGGCUGGGGGAGGAGUUGGGAGGUGAAGGAUUUGAGCUUGAGGUGAGGGAGGUUGGGGAAGGGAGUGAUGUGGAAGAGGGAUGUGUUUGCGUGUUGCCGGAGGUUGUAAUGUGAAUUGAACUGAACUGAGCUUGGAAGACGGAGGCAUUGCAAGAGCUACUGUGUGGUAUCAGGGGAAACUCCCCUAACAACAGUAAAGGUUAGCACAUCUCCGAAGGAUCCCCGGCAUCGAUUG